AUGAACGACCCCGGGCUUGACGAACCCAUAGCCGAUGCCUCUGCCAUCCUCAAGGAAAAUUCCCCGGAAGAGAUGUACGACAAAAUGUCUGAAGAGGAGCAAGAGCGGAACUUUCUUAUGCCAGCGAGAUGGUGGUACGCCUCCACGGGUAUUCCCCUUGUGGCGGGCACGUUUGGGCCUAUGGCGAAUGCGUUCAGUAUUUGUGCGCUGGUGGAGAAUUGGCGGGUUGAGAUUCCUCCGGGAGGGACAGAGGAGCAUGGGAUUGACAUCAAAGACCCUGAUUGGCUUAUCGCUGUCAACGCCGUCUCCCUGGCCUUUGCCCUGAUCGCCAAUGUGUCUCUCCUCCUCAACAUGGCGCGCCGUGUUCCCUUUCAAAUCGCCCAACCUAUUACAAUACUCGGCUUUUGGAUCGCCUCAGUGCUCCUGAUCGGCCUGAUCGCUAACGCCUCUUUCAACUUUGACGCUCCUGGUGUCAAAAACCAGGCCCUCUCGCAGGCAUAUUACUAUGCCAUCUUCGCUGCGGGACUGUAUCAGGUUAUUUCGUACUUGAUGUGUUUUACGGUGUAUGGGGCGUACAAAGGGCAUUACAGUAAAGAGUUCAAACUUACCGUGGCGCAAAGAACGUUGAUGUUGCAGACAAUUUUGUUCUUGGUGUAUCAACUAUUGGGGGCGCUGGUGUAUUCACACAUUGAGGGAUGGAAAUUUUUGGAUGCGGUAUAUUGGGCUGAAUUUACUUCUCUGACGAUUGGGAUUGGGGAUGAUUAUACGCCUAAGACUCAUUUAGGCAGAGGACUGUUAUUUCCCUUUGCGAUGGGCGGCAUUAUCAUCCUGGGUUUGGUGGUCGGAUCGAUUCGGUCAUUGAUUCUUGAGAGAGGGAAAAAGAAGAUGGCAGCACGGUUAACGGAGAAGACGCGACUGCGAUUGAUCAAAGAGAUUGAGAAGAUUAGUACGAAGAAGGGCCUCUUGAGACGCAAGGGUGCGCUGGGUCUCGAAAAAAACACCACGAAAGCGUUGACUGUGGACCCAGGGGAUGGCGAAAUAUCCGAGCUGGAGAGGAGACAAGCCGAGUUCGAGGCGAUGCGAAAAGUCCAGGAGUGGGCUGCUACUGAGCGCAAGUACAUGAGCCUGCUUGUAUCGACGUUUGCGUUUGCUUCCUUGUGGACCAUUGGGGCAUUGGUAUUUGAACACGCAGAAAAGAACCAGGACUGGACGUAUUUCGGUUCACUCUACUUUUCGUACACCACGCUUUUGACCAUCGGCUAUGGGGAUUUCCAACCGAUGAGUAACAGUGGCAAGCCUUUUUUUGUCUUCUGGACUCUGCUAGCCGUCCCUACCUUGACAAUUCUCAUCUCUGACAUGGGAGAUACCGUGGUCAAAGCCGUCAAAGACGUCACUAUCUGGCUGGGGGAGAUCACUGUGCUUCCCAGCAGUGAGGAUACCAUAUCAAAUCGGCUCAAGCACGGCGUCUACAAGGCCACUCUUGGACAGCUGGAUCCUCGAAACCCCGGGUCUCGAGAUGUGGAAAGGGGAUCGGACACCGGGAGUGAAUCCGGGUACCAGGAGCUGCAUCCCGGCCUUGCACGGCUGUUCCGCAAUAGUCGCCAGAAGCAAAAUGCAGGUGAAAACGACAAGAAGACCAAAGAUCGUCUGGCUGCCGACUUUGAGGAGGAGGAGAAACGCGACGAGUCUGAUGCUAGGGACAAGGGGGACCGGUGGCAAGAAGAUGCCCACCACUAUCGCCAUGUGCUGCUCUCUCAGAUUCGAAAGGUGUAUGCGGACGCUUCAGCAGCAACGCCCAAGAAGUACAGCUAUGAGGAGUGGCAAGACUUUUUCAAGUUGCUGGGUGAGGAUGAAGCAGAUGCAUCAUACCACCGACGAGCUCCCGCCCACGGUGGCAAGGGAAAUGAAGCUCGAGAGGCUGAGAAAGACCACCAGGCAGACAAAGAUACCCAGGUUGCCAAAUGGAGUUGGAUCGACCCACAGAGUCCAUUAAUGGGUGACAAGGAAGAAGCUGAGUGGUUGCUGGAACGACUCUUCCAGCGGCUGGAAGAAAGUCUGCAUUCCGACACAAAGCAGACGGAGAAUGCGAAGCAUUACACCAGCGACCUCAGACGGCAGAAACGGCGAGAGGAAGACGGCGCAGUCAGUGAGUGA